AUGCACCCGAGCGGCUGGGUGUCUGUGAUGCUGCUCCUGGUGUUCACGCUGCAUCUAAUGGGGCUCCCCCGGCCUCUUUCAGGGAGCCCCCUGGCGGUGACGGAGCCGCCUCCCGAAGUCUUGAAGCUCGACCUCCGCACCGAUGUCAAGGUGCAGGAGGUGAGCCUGGCUUUCCUCUCUAUUACCAUCGACGCCAGCCUGGUUACCGAUCCCAGGUACAUCACCUUCCUGGGUUCCCAAAGACUUCGAACCUUAGCCAGAGGCUUAUCUCCAGCCUACUUGAGAUUUGGUGGCACCAAGACUGACUUCCUGGUCUUUGAUCCUAAGAAAGAAUCAACAUUUGAGGAAAGAAGUUACUGGGAAGCUCAAGUCAACCCAGAUACUUGCAGCUUGGGUCCCAUCCCUUCUGCUGUGAAGGGGCAACUGGAAUUGGAAUGGCCCAUCCAGGAGGUGCUACUACUCAAAGAACAACAUCAGAACACGUUCAAGAAUGGCACAUUCACAAAAAGCACGGUGGAUAUGCUGUACAGCUUUGCCAAGUGUUCAGGACUGGACCUGAUCUUUGGCAUCAAUGCCUUAACAAGGAAAAGUAAUUUGCAAUGGGACAGCUCAAAUGCCAAAUUGUUCUUGGAUUAUUGUGCCUCUCAGAAGUAUGACAUUUUCUGGGAACUUGGCAAUGAACCCAACAGUUUCAGGAAGAAAUCUGGCAUUUAUAUUAAUGGGUCCCAACUAGGAAAAGACUUUAUUAAGUUUCAUUCACUUCUAAAAACAUAUGAUUUAAAAAAUACAAAACUCUUUGGACCCGAUAUUAGUCAGCUUCGGAAGAACAAUGAGAAGAUGCUAAGAAGCUUCCUGAAUGUCGGAGGAGGAGUAAUUGAUGCAAUCACCUGGCAUCACUACUAUAUGGAUGGACGAAUUGCUACCCAAGAGGAUUUUUUAAAUCCUGAAGUGUUGGAUACAUUUGUUAUCACUGUACAAAAAGUUUUUCAGGUCGUGAACGAGACCAGGCCUGGCAAGAAGGUUUGGUUGGGAGAAACAAGCUCAGCUUAUGGAGGGGGGGCUCCCAACCUGUCUGACACUUAUACUGCUGGUUUCAUGUGGUUGGACAAAUUAGGUCUGUCAGCUAAAAUGGGUAUUGAGGUGGUAAUGAGACAAGUGUUCUUUGGAGCUGGAAAUUAUCACUUAGUCGAUGAAAACUUUGAUCCCUUGCCUGAUUAUUGGCUGUCACUUCUCUUCAAACAACUGGUUGGUACCAAAGUGUUAACGGCUAGUGUGAAAAGUCCAGACAAAGAGAAACUUCGAUUAUACCUCCAUUGUACAAACAACAACCAUCCAAAGUACAAAGAAGGAGAUUUGACGUUGUACGCCCUAAAUCUGCACAAUGACACCAAAUAUCUACAGUUACCUACUCAUUUAAGUGGUAAACGUGUGGAAAAAUACAUCUUGCAACCUUCUGGAAAUCUACUUUCUCAAUCUGUGAAACUGAAUGGCUACAUUCUCAAGAUGGUGGAUGAUGAAACAUUGCCAGAACUUUUUGGCAAACCCCUCUGCCUUGGCUGUCCAUUGACUUUGCCACCUUUAUCAUAUGGAUUUUUUGUUAUACUAAAUGCUAAAGUUGUCACUUGCAUCUAAAAGGUGAAGGCUGAUCAAUUUAAUCCUAUGGAUGAAGUUCAGGAGCAUUAUGAGGUCAGGCAAAUAUAUCAUCACAUAUCAUUAAGGAAAGCUUCCAAGCAACAAAGACUGGGUCUGAGUGAAUAACAUGUCAAAGAGCCUAAAUUUUGUGAGUG